CAGUGGUUUGAAACGACCACUGGAUCACAUCAACUCAUCCUUUGUAAUCUGACACUGAGGCACAUGAGUGGCGUGUGCAUGCCAAGAGAGGCCUGUGAAACAUUCAUGAGCAGGAAGGCUGCAGGAGCACAGGAACACACUGAGCUGCCAUAACAGGUGCCAGAAGAGCUAUGGGGACUGUUGAGGAAACCUUGAAGUGUCCCGUCUGCCAGGAUGUCUUCACAGAUCCGGUGACACUCCCAUGCGGACACGACUUCUGUCUCACCUGUAUCCAGACUGUCUGGGAAACAGAUGGGCGUAAUGAAGGCCCCCACUUCUGUCCCGAGUGUCAGAUAUUCCUCCCCUCUGAGCUGACUGUGGAGAUAAACACCACUCUUCAGACCAAAGUGAAGGACUUCGCCACUGACAGGCCAUCAACAGCACAGCUACAGGGAGCAGCUCUGGGCAGGGCACCCAAACCACCUUCAACCGUCCGCUGCGAUCACUGUAUAGAGACGCCAUCGGUGGCCGUGAGGACAUGUCUGACGUGUGACGCCUCACUGUGCCAGGCUCACACCCUGCUGCACGAGCAGAGGUCAGCUCUGAGGGAGCACACGGUUGUGGAGGUGACAGGGGACCCGCUGUCUCUGAAGUGCAGGGAGCACCGUGACGAGCUCAAGCUCUUCUGUAUGGAGGAGAAGGUCCCGGUGUGCUGUUUGUGUGUCCUGGUUGGCGUGCACAAGAACCACAAGGCAUCUCAGCUCCAUGAGGCCUGCGCACACUUCAAGGGCAUGUUAGAGACCACUAUGAACCAUCUGCUGAAGAGGAGAAGUGAAGCAGAGUUUGCCAUCAAGGACUUGGAGUCACUGUACACACAAACAGUGAGGUUUGCCGCAGAUUUCAGAGAGAGAAUCUCAGACAAGUACAACAGGAUCCGUGUUGUGCUGGAUGGCGAUGAGCGUCUGAUGAUGCAGGUUAUAGAUGCCGAGGAGACAUGUAUGACAGAGUGGCUGGAGGCCCAGAGGAGCAUGAUGGAGGCCCAGAUUAAAGAGAUAGAUAGUCUCAGAGCCUCCAGCAAGUCGCUCCUCCAGGACACAAAUGAUCUGCGUUUCCUGCAGCAAAUCACAGCACAGAAUCUUUGUGACCCUCUGGAUUUAGCACCAAUCCAGGAAGUAGACAAGGACCUUUGUGACCCGGAGAAACUGAGAACAGUGGAGAGGCUGGUGGACGACCUUUCAGUGGCUCUGUCCCAACACUUUCCACGAAUUUGGUCAUAUCAAAGUUCUCCUGCUCUGGACUCAACAACAGCUCACCCAAAACUGGAAAUAUCCCAGGAUGGGAAGCAGGUUUACUGGAGGAAAGAGCCUGUCAGUGAGGCUCCGAGCCCUCAACCCUAUGACUCCCAGUACAGUGUCCUGGCUCGCGAGAGUUUUGCUUCAGGCCAGCACUACUGGGAGAUCAUUGUCCAGGAGAAACCCUACUGGCUGAUAGGUGUGACUACUGGGCCGGUUGAUAAAAAAGAUGGAACAAGUCAGACUUCCUCCAGCCUGCGUGUGAACAACACAUCCUGGUGCAUCUACCAUGGAGACGGGCAGUACCUGGCAUUGCACGAUAACCAGGAGAAGCAGCUGUCAGUGGGAAAGAGAGUCAGGAAGCUGGGCAUACAGACCAAUCUCCAGAAGGGGGAGCUGUCAUUCUACGAUGCUGAUGCAAUGACUCUGCUUCACGCUUUCUGUGUGCAGUGCACAGAGCCUCUCUACCCCAUGUUAAAUCCAUGCAUUGAUGUGAAUGGGCUGAAUAGGCAGCCUCUUACACUGUUUUGGAUCAAGGACCCCUGGGAGUAGCAUGUAAACACGGAUGGAGGUAAAGAGUGAACUUGGGGACAACCAUAAACUCAUCAAACUCUUUUUUGUCUGCACAAAUAUUUUAGCACGUAAAUGUUUUGUUUACAUCAAAUUACACAGUGGACAUAUUAAACAUGCUAUAAGUAUGUUUUCCUGUUCAAAUAAGCUAUGAAGUAAAUGUUAGUGUUUGAAGCUUGUCUAUAGUCAUCAAGUGGUAUCAUUUUCAUCGUCAAACAGCACUUUUGUUCUAUACUAAAGUCUCUCUACUCAUUCAGCAGCUCUCAUGUUCGACCUCAUGCACUUCAGGAAGUAAAUGACCCGUGUGUAAACCACUGGCUUUUUCUGGCUGUAUAAUUGUACCCUCAGCUUACUUGACCAUAAAGGACAUGCAUUCCUUCAUUGCUUCAAGGGCCCUGCAGAAGUGCUGGCUUGCAGCAAACGAAAUGUCCUGGGAGGUCAAAUAUCAUUAUUUACACAUAAAGUUUUCUUCGACCCACGGUUCGUUUUGUGGUUCAUCAACAGAACUUUGCCUGACACGAUGAGCUGUUAAACGGUGGUAAGAAAACAAGGGAAUAUAACCUAAUUAGAUUUUGAGCAGGAACUUUGAGAACUCGCUUGUUCAAAAACAAAUUCAUAAGAAUAAAACGUACAUUUUAUGCCCAUCUGUGGUUUUAAACUCAUUCCAGCCAAAUUACUCUUGUGCAACUUCUGGGGGUCAGAUGACGACAUAUACA